CAUCAGACUUGCGACAGGAGAAAUAUCAUUAUAUACGAAUAUGCCACACUUUUAAAAUUUAAGAGGUGCGCAACAUCGUAACCCCCUUAGGUCACAGAGCAUAUGUAUGUUUCAGCGACUAGCUUAAUACAUGAUAUAAAACUCUUCGUCUCUAGAAAGAAAGGAUAAAAACUACUGGAUCGGUACCUACCGAGUACCUACCGAGUACCUAGGUAGUCAAUUAGUAGUAGCCUUGCCUUGAUUGAAAGCUAGCUUACAUCAACUUCCGCGCCCCAUCGCGGUGGCAUCCAAUCAACAUCAACAACCUCAUGGGAAAGAAAUUAAUAUAUUACCCUUUCUCAUGGGCACAUGACGAACGAGGCUUGCUGUCACAGCUUACACCUGAUACCCCUCGUUUCUAUUCGCAGGCUUUUCUUUUUCCACCAAGAGCAACGGCCCCCCACCCCCCCUCGAAUACGUAUCGCACAUGUGAGCCUGAGGUUCAUUUCACAGCAACGUGUAAGUGUUAUAAGCGACAAGGAUUGUACCUAUAUCUAUGGUACUCCUAUAGUCACAAGUCCACUCGUCUGAACUUCUACUAAUUCGAGAGAAAGCCCGGAGAGCUUGCAAUGACGAAAUCAGUCAUAGUGGUUGGCGGGUCCAUCGCUGGUUUGAUGCACGGCUUACAGCAUAAGCGGAAAGGCAACGAUGUCACCAUCAUUGAGCAAGAGCCAGGCCAGAGGGCAAGCCAGGAUGCAGGUAUAGGGUUUGGGGCCGAAGUGAAUGAGUUUCUCAAGAAGUACGACUUGACGGGCUCUCAAAUAGCUAUACGGUCACACUCCCAGCGGGUAGCAUACUACAAGCGACCCCAAGUCCACACAACGCAGACGUCCUUGAAACUUACGAGCUGGGGGUUGCUGUAUCGGCUACUACGGGUCAAUUUCGACGGUUUGGCCUCUGCGGCUUUCCCGGUUCCCCCGAAGGAGCACGAAAGCAACGGAAGAGCAACUUACCUCACGGGUAAGAAAGUUGUGAGCUUGUACUACAGCUCAGGGGUAGUCACUGUCCGCUUUAUCGACGUAGAGACAGGCAAGGAGGAACAACUGUCAGGAGAUCUACUCAUUGGCGCAGACGGCAUUCAUUCUACCAUCCGUCGAUUAGUCGGGACACCCAGCGUGGAACAAUACGUCGGAUACGUUUCAUGGAGAGGGACGGUUGAGGAAGCGCUCGUGUCUAAAGAGACGGUCCGGUAUUUUACGGAUUGGCUAUGCAUGAACAUCACGAAAAACGGCUAUCUGGUAGGAUACAUCGUACCAACCGACGACGGCAAUUUCACCCCCGGCCAGCGCCUCAUCAACCUCGUCUGGUACUGCAACAUGCGCGACCGCUCCCCCGAGCUUGAUGAGACAUUCACCGACAUCAACGAAAAAAAGCACCAGAAAACCGUGCCACGCGGGCUCGUCCGCGCCGAAGUCUGGGAUCGGGCCCGGCGGCGGGCAAGGGGCAAAGUGGCCGAGCCGUUCGCGGAAGUGCUCGAGAAGGUGCAGCGGCCGUUCGUGACCAGGAUCCACGAUGCGUUUAGCAGCGCGUCGAGCUUCCACGACGGACACGUCGUGCUGGUCGGCGACGCAUUCUCGUCGUUUCGUCCCCACGCGGCCACUGCUACCGAACAAGCCGCCUUUCACAGCAAUACUCUCGAGAAGGUAUACACAGGAGAGAUGACACAGGAAGCCUGGGAUCGCGAGGUGCUUGUGUACGCGAGGCGCAUGAUUCUGCUGAACCGAUUGAUCGGCAACUUUGGGCGUGGGGCCUUGACCCCCUUUCUUCAAGCGGUGUUCCUAUAUUUUAUAUUUGUCCUACAACAAAAGUUGCGCCGUGCAUGAACAUUCCCGACAACACAACUGAAGAUGUAAUUACGAUGUGGUAGCCAGGUAGGUAGUCAUAAGAACCACAAUCACAGCCAAACAUCACAUCAAAUUGCAACUCAAGCCACCCACGAUGCUA